GAUCUCCAAGAAAAUAUCUUUGGGUCUGUGGCUCAUAAUCAGAGGUGGCUAAGACAUUCAGACAGGGGUUUCAAAGGACAAAGUUAAACAAUUCACGUAAAAGUAUCUUUGGCCACCCUCACGACUAGUCUUCCACCUCUUGGCCUUAAAUAUGUGACCUUCAUUGAAGAAAAUAGUAUCCAGAAAUGGCUAAAGCAGAAGAAAACUUGAGAGACAAAUGUAGAUGGAGCCUUGGAGGCAUGACCGCUCUCGUUACCGGUGGCUCCAAAGGCCUCGGGGAAGCUGUGGUGGAGGAACUAGCCAUGUUAGGAGCAAGAGUCCACACAUGUGCUAGAAACGAAACUCAGCUUCAAGAAUGCGUACGUGAAUGGCAAGCUAAAGGGUUUGAGGUCACCACUUCUGUAUGCGACGUUUCUUCUCGUGACCAACGAGAGAAACUCAUGGAAAACGUUGCCUCUAUCUUCCAAGGAAAACUCAACAUCCUUGUAAGUUUAUGUAUAAGAGCAUAAUGCAUAAGGUUUUGAGCAAGAUCAAGUGAUUUUUUUGUUGUGUAUUUGUUGGAAGUGAUCAAGUCAUCAUCUUAUUUUAGAAGAGAUAUAUUAUAUAGUGAAGUAACUGGUUUAUAUAUAUUCGUAUCACACAUCGAAGAGAUACAAAUAUAAUUGUUAACUACAAAACAGUUACAUGUGUGUAUGUGUCUCUACAUUAGGUUGUCUUCUAGAG